CAAAUCUUGCAGAUUUGCCUAAUAAACCAAAUUAUUUUUGUUAUUAUUUGGAAAGAGAAGCGGGUUAAAUUGUUUGAAGUUUGAACUUUAAAAUAAGAACAGUAUGAUGCAAACAAAAGAUGGAUGCUGCUCUCUCACACCACCUGUUUAAAUAUGCAGCCGGGCAGAUUCCAUAUCACCUUCACCUAUAAAGAGAGAGAGAGAGAGAGAUGACAUAUAGAGAGGGGGAGAGAGCAAAGGUUUGACAGAGCAGAGUUCCUUCUUGGUUCUUUUCGGCAAGAAGUUUCUCCGUACUUUCAUCAUCCCCAACUUUAUAUACAGACUGGCGUAUCGUUUCGAGUUCCGAUUUGCUCUGAGGUUUAGGUUUUGGGGAAGUUUCCUUUUUGUUUUUGUGGGGUUGAUGAAGUCAGAUGGCUGAUGAAGUUGGAUUUCGGUUUUGGGGUCUAAGGCGGGCAGCAAUUGUUGUGACUGGUGUUCUUGUUAUAGCUUCAAUAGCUGCUUCGGCACAAGAAACUCUGCAGCAAGAUGAUUCCGCGACGCAACAUUACUUGAACAGAAUGUUAAACUUUCUGUGGCAAAAGGGUCGAUUGGCGUAUGAGCACGUUUGGCCUGAAAUGAAAUUUGACUGGAGAAUUGUGGUAGGCACUAUAAUUGGAUUCAUUGGGGCUGCAUUUGGGACCGUGGGAGGUGUUGGUGGGGGAGGCUUUUUCGUUCCAAUGCUCACUUUGAUCAUCGGAUUUGAUGAGAAAUCAUCAACGGCAAUAUCCAAGUGUAUGAUCACAGGCGGAGCAGCUGCAACUGUUUUCUACAAUUUGAGGCUAAGGCAUCCUACACUCGACCUUCCAAUCAUCGACUAUGACCUGGCACUUCUUGUCCAGCCAAUGCUUAUGCUUGGGAUCAGUAUUGGAGUAUCUUUCAAUGUGAUAUUUGCUAACUGGAUGAUCACAGUGUUGCUAAUGAUCUUUUUCAUAGGCACAUCGACUAAGGCAUUCUUGAAGGGAGUCGAAACAUGGAAGAAAGAAACUAUAUUAAUAAAGGAGGUUGCCAGACUAAUGCAGUCAAAUGGUAGUUCUAGUGACGACGAAGUUGAAUACAGACCUCUAGCUAGUGGCCCAAGCAGUGUAUUAGCCACCAAGGAGUCCAAAAGAACAGAGGUUUCUAUUAUGGAGAAUGUUUACUGGAAGGAAUUACUACUUCUUGUUGCUGUCUGGGUCAUAAUACUUGCAUUGCAGAUCGCAAAGAAUUAUACGACAACUUGUUCAGCAGAAUAUUGGGUAUUAAAUCUCUUGCAGAUCCCCGUGGCUUUGGGAGUAUCUACGUACGAGGCAGUUAACCUGUACAAGGGCCAUAGAGUGAUUGCAUCCAUGGAAGAAUUAGGCACAGAUUGGAAGGUCCAUCGGCUUUUUCUUUAUUGUGGCGGUGGAAUCACAGCUGGUAUAGUUGGUGGAUUGCUUGGUCUUGGUGGUGGCUUCAUUUUAGGCCCUCUUUUUCUUGAGCUGGGAAUCCCACCUCAAGUGUCAAGUGCCACUGCCACAUUUGCCAUGACAUUUUCUGCAUCAAUGUCUGUGGUCGAGUACUAUCUCCUCAAACGUUUUCCAGUUCCCUAUGCUCUGUACUUUGCUCUCGUGGCCAGCUUGUCUGCCCUGGUAGGGCAACAUGUGGUGAGAAAGGUGAUCAGUGUAUUAGGGAGAGCAUCCAUAAUUGUCUUCAUUCUAGCCUCCACAAUCUUUGUGAGUGCAAUAUCACUAGGUGGGGUUGGGAUAGCAAGUAUGGUUGAAAAGAUUGAGAACAAAGAGUACAUGGGAUUUGAAAACAUAUGCACUUAUGAUGCCUAGUUUCAGUAACUUGUUCUGCCUUGAGUUCCCCAGUGUCACCGAUCUCAAACAUUCCAUCAACAAAUGUAUAACUUUUUUGUUGGAUUUUUCUUGAUGUUGGGUGCUACUUGGAACUUUUUUGGACCUACUAAUUACGCUGGUCCUAUUAGGACAAGUGAACUGCACUGAAAGUGAAACUAAUCAAUUCAAGGUCUCCAACUCCUUUUUGACCA